AAAGGGGCAGUGCCCGGACCCCUACACCCAGAUAGUGUAACACUGGAAAGCAGUGAGGCAAAAGACGUAGAGAGAGAGAGAGAGAAAAAGAGAAGGUGUACCGGGAUGCCAACCAAGACCAUCAUUUGUGGAGCUGAUGCUACCACCAGUUUCCUCCGUGCAGCUCGCUCAGGUAAUCUGGAAAAGGCUCUAGACCACAUCAAGAAUGGCAUUGACAUCAACACUGCCAAUCAGAAUGGACUCAACGGGCUGCACUUGGCCUCGAAAGAAGGCCAUGUUAAAAUGGUGCUGGAACUACUGCACCAUGGAAUUGUUCUUGAGACGACCACAAAGAAAGGAAAUACUGCUCUUCACAUCGCUGCGUUAGCUGGACAGGAACAGGUGGUCACAGAGCUGGUUAACUAUGGAGCUAAUGUCAAUGCUCAGUCUCAGAAGGGCUUCACUCCUCUCUACAUGGCUGCACAAGAGAAUCACCUGGAGGUUGUGAAGUUUCUCCUGGAUAAUGGAGCCAAUCAGACCAUUCCAACUGAGGAUGGCUUUACCCCUCUUGCUGUGGCUCUUCAGCAGGGCCAUGAGAAUGUGGUGGCCCUGCUCAUCAACCACGGUACUAAGGGCAAGGUCCGCCUUCCUGCACUGCAUAUCGCUGCCCGAAACGAUGACACCCGAACUGCCGCUGUGCUUUUACAGAAUGACCCAAAUCCUGAUGUCUUAAGCAAGACAGGCUUCACACCACUCCAUAUCGCAGCCCACUAUGAAAACCUGAAUGUUGCCCAACUACUUCUAAACAGAGGAGCUGAUGUGAACUUCAUGCCCAAGAAUGGGAUCACACCUCUACAUAUUGCAUCCAGGAGAGGAAAUGUUAUCAUGGUCAGACUUCUGCUGGACCGAGGAGCGAAGAUUGAUGCCAAGACAAAAGAUGAGUUGACUCCUCUUCACUGUGCUGCCAGAAAUGGCCAUGUUAGAAUAAUCGAGAUCCUUCUGGACCAAGGAACCCCAAUACAGGCCAAGACCAAAAAUGGCCUUUCUCCAAUACAUAUGGCAGCCCAGGGCGAUCAUUUGGACUGUAUCAGACAGCUAUUACAGUACAAUGCCGAGAUUGAUGACAUCACCCUAGACCACCUGACCCCACUGCAUGUGGCAGCACACUGUGGACAUCAUCGCAUGGCCAAGGUGCUCCUGGAUAAAGGAGCCAAGCCAAACACCCGUGCUUUGAAUGGCUUCACGCCACUCCAUAUUGCCUGUAAGAAGAACCACAUCCGUGUAAUGGACCUACUGUUAAAGCAUUCUGCAUCCCUGGAGGCUGUAACCGAGUCUGGACUGACCCCACUGCAUGUGUCCUCCUUCAUGGGUCAUCUGAAUAUAGUGAAGAUACUGAUGCAAAAAGGAGCUUCACCACAUGUCUCAAAUGUGAAAGUUGAAACACCUCUGCACAUGGCAUCUCGAGCUGGUCACUGUGAAGUUGCUGAGUUCCUGUUGCAGAAUGCAGCUCCAGUGGACGCCAAAGCCAAGGAUGACCAGACGCCGCUACACUGUGCCGCCCGCAUGGGCCACAACGAGAUGGUGAAGCUGCUGUUGGAGCACAAGGCAAACCCCAACUCCACCACAACAGCAGGACACACUUCACUGCACAUCGCUUCCCGUGAGGGACAUGCACAAACUGCCAGCAUCCUACUGGACAUGAACGCCCAGCUCACCAAAAUGACCAAGAAAGGCUUCACUCCCCUUCAUGUAGCAGCCAAAUACGGGAAGGUGGAUGUAGCAGUGCUGCUUUUAGAGAGAGGAGCCAACCCAGACGCUGCAGGAAAAAUUGGACUCACACCGUUGCACGUGGCUGUCCAUCAUAACAACUUCGAUGUGGUCAAUCUUUUGCUCAGCAAAGGCGGAUCACCACACAGUGCCGCUUGGAAUGGCUACACUCCGCUCCACAUUGCUUCCAAACAGAACCAGGUGGAGGUAGCGAGCAGUUUACUGCAGCAUGGAGCUUCUGCCAAUGCUGAGUCAUUGCAAGGGGUCACACCGUUACACCUAGCCUCCCAAGAGGGCCAACCAGAUAUGGUGUUGCUGCUUAUCUCAAAGCAGGCCAAUGUAAAUCUGGGAAAUAAGAGUGGUCUGACUCCUCUUCACCUCGUGGCUCAGGAGGGUCAUGUUGGCAUUGCUGAAAUACUAGUGAAACAUGGAGCGUCUGUCUACGCUGCCACACGGAUGGGUUACACUCCACUUCAUGUGGCUUGUCAUUAUGGCAAUAUCAAGAUGGUUAAGUUCCUCUUACAGCAACAGGCCAAUGUAAACUGCAAGACCAGGAUGGGAUAUACGCCGCUACAUCAGGCUGCUCAGCAGGGCCAUACCGACAUUGUGACGCUUCUCCUGAAACAUGGAGCACAACCAAGUGAAAUUACGUCUAAUGGCACGUCAGCUCUUGCCAUCGCGAAGCGCCUUGGAUACAUCUCAGUCAUUGAUGUGCUCAAACUGGUCACUGAAGAGACAGUUACCAUGACCACCACAGAGAAGCAUCGCAUGAGUUUCCCUGAGACUGUUGAUGAGAUCUUGGAUGUGUCUGAAGAUGAAGGCGAGGAGCUGCUGGGGAACGAAGGUGCCAGGUAUUUGAAGAUGGAGGACUUAAAGGACCAUGAUGAGGAUUUCCUUUCCCCCAAGAAUGUUCUAGAGAAUCAUUCUCCUGCUAUUCCAAGGAUCCCCUGUGUGUCUCCUGAAACAGUCAUGCUGAAAGAACAUGAAAUGGAGCAGCAGCACACCCCACUUCCUUUGCCCAAGGAGUAUGAUGAGGAUUCACUGAUCCCCAGUAGUCCGGCCACAGAGACGUCAGACAAUGUCAGUCCAGUAGCAAGCCCCAUCCACACUGGGUUCCUGGUGAGCUUCAUGGUAGAUGCUCGUGGCGGCUCAAUGAGAGGCAGCAGACAUAAUGGCCUGCGUGUCAUCAUUCCUCCUCGUACCUGUGCCGCUCCAACACGCAUCACCUGUCGCCUGGUGAAGCCGCAGAAACUUGCCACACCACCUCCUCUAAGACUUGAAAAGAAUUUAUUUAAUACACGAGGUCACAAAUACCUUGAGAGUCAGGAGGAACUUGAGAAGAAAAGAAUCAGGCGCAUCAUCUCGACUGACUUCCCACUCUACUUUGCUGUGGUGUCCCGUAUCCAGCAGGAGAACGAUCUGAUUGGCCCAGAAGGGGGUUCUCUCACCAGUAAGCUGGUGCCCUUGGUCCAGGCCAAUUUUCCUGAGACAGCCGUCACUAAGCGUGUCCGUCUCGGACUGCAGGCACAGCCAGUCCCUGAUGAGCUGGUGGCCAAGCUUCUGGGGAACCAAGCCACAUUCAGCCCUGUCGUGACAGUAGAGCCUCGUCGGCGCAAGUUUCACCGUCCCAUCGGCCUGAGGAUGCCACUGCCUCCCUCCUGGAGGGAAAGUCCACGGGACGCUGGCGAGGGCGACACCACCAGCCUCCGCCUGCUCUGCAGUGUCAUCGGCGGCACGGCUCCAGCCCAGUGGGAAGAUAUAACUGGCACCACCAAACUUAUUUAUGCCAAUGACUGCGCCAGUUUCACCACCAAUGUCUCUGCCCGUUUCUGGCUGACAGACUGUCCUCGGACGGCAGAGGCCGUGUCCUUUGCCAACCUCCUGUACCGUGAGCUGUCGGCCGUGCCGUACAUGGCCAAGUUUGUAGUUUUUGCAAAGAUGAAUGAAGCACGAGAGGGUCGACUCCGCUGUUAUUGCAUGACUGAUGACAAAAUGGACAAAACCCUGGAGCAGCACGAGAACUUUACUGAAGUGGCUCGCAGUAGAGACAUCGAGGUCAUGGAGGGAAUGCCGCUGUAUUUGGAGUGUUCAGGAAACUUGGUUCCCAUAAGGAAGGCAGCACAGCAGCCCCGCUGUUUCAGCUUCCAAGCCUUCAAAGACAACAGACUGCCUGUGUCUGUGAAGGUGAGGGACAGCAAUAAAGAUCCCUCUGGUUUCUUGUCUUUCUUGCGCAAAUCAACCAAAUACGAAGAUAGUCAACAUGUGUUGUGCAACCUCAACGUUACCAUGCCGCCAUGCAUUAAGGCCAAACUUCUCCACACCAUGGAUAAGUCCAGCCAGAGUUCUGAUGUCUUUAGAGAGCUGCGCACUGCGACAGACCUGGCUCUGUGUGCUAAUAAGGCCACUGCGCAGGCGAUCGGCAUGGCCAUGGCCAAUUUGGUGGUGCUGGAGCGCCACCUUUGGCUGAAUUUGAAAGAAAUCAGGGACGCUGCCAAGUUCGCCUUCCUAGACUCUCCAGUCCCUCCUAAGGGACUGUUUGGCCCUGCCGUGAUUGGGUUUGCAGAGCGGUUUACAGUGGUGUCAUUCAAAUUAGGGACUUCACGUCUCCUCAGGGCUUUCCAGAGGAUGCUCAGCCUCAUAUCGGCCCCUGCCGUGGAUGGGUUUGUAGAGCGGUUUACAGCAGCGUCAUUCAAAUUAGGGACUCCACGUCCCCUCGGGGCUUUCCAGAGGAUGCUCAGCCUCAUGUCGGCCGCCUCCUCUGUGAUUCCUCUGGGCCUGUUCAACAUGCAGCCCCUUCAGAAGGUUCUCACGACAGAUGCCUCCAACUCUGACACAGAAUAUGCCCUUAUUGUCAGGGUUGGGGAUGAAGGGAUGAGGUUAUGUGGUGGGUCCUUCUUAUCUUAUCUACAGGAUCAGGGGGCUCCUGGUUGGCACUCGGCCCCAGAACAAACCCAGAACAGAGUGGGAUCUCUACAGUGUUCUCUUCCUAGACAGGCAAUGGAGUCUAUGAUGUCAUCAGUACGAGCCACACUGGACUGUGAUUCUAAGCAGUCUUGCCUAGCCCAGGAAGCUCUAAUUGAACCAGUGCGGGACAUAGGGCAUUCUGAGAUCAUCCACGGGCAUUAUCAGGGAACUCAACCUUUUGAGAAAGGACUAGGCUUCCCUCACAGAGCAGCUAACAUUCGGGAUUGGGAGGACAUGCGUCUAAGAGGACAGGGUGAUGAGGCAGAGGAUCUUCCAGGAGAGCAAGUGAGCGAGGAGCAAUUUACAGAUGAGCAUGGCAACAUCGUCACCAAAAAGAUUGUGAGGAAGGUGGUCCGGAGAGGAAAAGGGGAGGAAGGGGGUCAGGAGCUCAUCAUAGAAGGGCUGCCGAAGGAUAUCAAUGAGGCAGACGCUGAUGGAGAACAGUUCAUGAGCUAUGCCGUCCUGGGCCGUGACAGCAAGCCGGAUGUUGUGGAUGUGAAGUGGGGAGGUGCUCAAAUAGUCAAAUGUGUGAGUCUGCGGAGAGUAAAGCAGUGAGUCUGACUCACUCCUCCCUGCAGGACUUGACACCUACACCCAAACCAUCCUUCACUGACACAUGAUGGGCGUCAAAUAAAGAAGAAAACUGAACUAGAGCACGGGCGAUAGGCAAUGGAUAUAAACUUACGAAAAGAGAUUUUCGGACUUUUUGUAACAAGCAAAACAAACACUAGCAGCUAGAGGCAUGAUUUCUUAUCAAAUGAAACCAAACAAUGAAAAAAAGCAAGCAUUUGAGAAGUGCUUCCUGUAAUCUCAAUAUCAGCAUGUGAAAGUGCUGUCGCAUGGCCUGCCUUUACAUACAGCACAGACUGCAAGCAAUUAUGAGGUGAGAAUAUACUGUCGUACCGCAAAGGCUGUAAAAUGGUGGGAGGAAGGACUUUGGCCAACUGGAUGCAUACGCUUAACAUCGUGGUAUAGGGGCACAUGGGACACGAAAGUUAGUUUUAGUAAAAUCCAGCAAGAGUUUCCUGAAAUUUAGUCUUCCAAGCGAGUCCAGAACACACUAUUACCGAAAAGGUUUCCCACCAGGAGGAGUUUGACCCUCUUGUACUGGUAUUAUACAUAAUAUGCACUCAAAUAUGAUGUGAAUGUACUCUCCGUGUGCGUGUGUUCUUUUCCACAGCCCCAAAAAAAAAAGACAACAACCUAUGCGAUGAUUAUGCUGCUGUCUCAAUACUUGCUCCUGAAUUCUUGUUCAGUCCAAUAGUAUGUGUCUUGUGUAUUGUAAAGGUAUAAUUGUGUAGCAAAUGAGCUUUGAAGUCCUGUGUUGCCUGAGAUAUACUAGGCUCAAGGGUUACAAUUUGUGCAGUUGAAAUGUUUUCAGUGGGAUACAGUACUUUGGACAUAUUUUAAAAUCACUGUGGGGCUCUAUAUGUACACGUUUGCAGCGCUGCAGCAAGAUUUUUGUUUUUGUUCUAUAUACAUUGCAUACCUCUUGUGUAUACGAACCCUGAGCUUCCUCUUAAUAACUCAAUAUGCACAGAGGAGCUUAUAAGCGUUAUAUUAACAUUUGCAUUAUCCACCUUCAGCAUUUGCUUUAUUCCAAAUAACCACUAUAGUGGGAAGACUUUCUUUUGAAUCCUUAGAACCAAAAAAGCAAUAAUUUUUAUUUGU